CAUUAACACUUGUACUCAUAUCAUCUUUUUAAUUUAAUAAUAUCAACAAACACUCUCUUCUUCUUGAAGUGCAUCAACAAUGGCUUCCUUCUUCCCAUCAAUGAACAAGAAGCAAACAACAAUGGCCAUCCUCCUCCUCCUCUGCACCGCCAUGGCGGCGGCCACAGGAGAAGCACAGCUCACAUGCAGCACGGUGUUGAACACCCUGACCCCGUGCCUCGGCUUCGUCACGGGAUCAGGCGGUCCCACGCAGGGCUGCUGCGGUGGGAUCACGUCGCUGUUCAACACCGCCCAGUCGCAGGGGGUGGGGGCCCGCAAGACCGUCUGCUCGUGCCUGAAGAGCAUUGCUUCAAGCGCGACUGCAGAUCAGAUAUCGCGCGCCGCGAGUCUCCCGGGCAAGUGUGGGGUCUCCAUACCCUACAAGAUCAGUCCCCAAGUUGACUGUUCACUUAUCAACUGAGGUUCGUCGAUGGUUGACUGGUCAAAGAUAUAUGUGUGAAUUCGAUUGCGAGUUAUGUCUAUCAGCUUCCAUGUGUGCAUGCAUGUUUUAUAUAGGCAUUGUGAUGUCAUAAAAAAUAAAAUAAAAGUGAUUGUUAAUAAUUGAGGUUGCCAUUGUACGUACGUAUAUUAUUGGGGGGGUUAGCUUAAUUACUUUUGAUGGUACUUAUGUAUACUAACCUCUUCAAAUUUAAAUUGUACUCCGUUUUUAUGUCUGAGUUCUUCUGAUCUCUCAAGUGUUGUGAAGCUUUUAUAUACUCCGUAUUAUGUUCAAUAAAAACAUUAACAUUGU